CUCUCUCUCUCUCACAGCGGUUGUCUGCUGCUGUGCCUGUCCCUGUCCCUGUUGAUGCUACUGCUGCAGAUCAUGUGGGUCCCUCCGGAGACGGCCAGAGACGCGCCCCCAGGGCGGGGUCCCACUGACCGGGAGGGCCCUGGGCACAGUGUGCGCAGGCUGGCCUUGCGUCUAGACUCCCUGAGCUCCCGGGUCCAGCGACUGGCCAGAGAGCGAGAAGAGCCUGCACAACCAGACCUUGUGCAUAUCCUGCAAAACUUCAGACAGGACCACAAAGACCUGCACCGGACCAUGAAAAAGGAGUUACUGCACAUGUCCCAGAAGCUGGACCUGCUCCUCCAGCGGACCCCUGGACCCCAGCCACAUGAACAUGCCACACACAGAGGUCUCCUUCGGGUGUGCGAAGUACCAGACAAUCCCGAGUUCUCUCUGUGUGCUGGGAAAGUCGAGUUCCUGAGGGCGAGCUGGAGGUCUGACGCCUGCUAUGCCUUCUAUGGUGUGGACGGCUCUACCUGCUCCAUCCUGGCCUACCUGAGCGAGAGAGAGGAUUUCUGCCCGCCUCUUCCUGACAGGAACCGGACUGCUCUGCCCUGGCUUCAACAGCCCAGUGGGCACAAUGAGGAGGCACUGAUUCAGACGGACCUGAGGCCCUUGUAUGAGCUGAUGGGAAGUGGGCAGAGUGCUGCAGUGAGGUUCAUGCGCUCCAGGAUGGAAGGGCUGGCUGCCAGGUGGAGCGUGGCUGGGGAGAGAAUGCGGCUCAGAGUCUCUCACAGGGCCCCUCGGCGUCUGAGGGUGUUACUGUAUCCGGGAAUUCUGGCUGGCGGUGCGGGCCAGCGUUUCGAGGAGAUGCUGGAACAGGGCGGUCCUCUGGGUGAGCUUGUGCAGUGGGCAGAUGUGAGCACUUCUCUCUUUAUCCUUGGACACAACGUGACCUUCACCAUCUCCCAGACCCGGCUCCUCAGUCUGAUAGGAGCUGCACCGGGCAGAGGGAGCUGUCCCAUUCUAAGGCCCUUGCCCUUUGACCUCCUCUACACUGAUUACCAUGGCCUGGCUCAUCUGCAGGGAGCCAUGGGCCUUUCCUUCCAGCACUACCAGUGCCGCUUCCGAAUUCUGGACUCAUUUGGCACAGAACCAGCCUUUAACGUCAGAGAGUACGCACACCGCCAUAGCUACAGCACGGCAUGGGGCAGCUGGGGUUUGCAGCCGCUUCAGUACAUGACCAUGUUCCCCCACACUCCUGAUAACUCCUUCAUGGGGUUUGUGAGUGAGGUGGUGGGGAGUGGCCAGGAGACGAACAUGAAGACACAGAGGAAGGAAGACCUGGCUGUGGUCUAUGGGAAACAGGAGUAUAUGUGGCAGGGGAAGACGGGAUAUCUGGAGGUUAUCAGGAGAGAGCUGGAGCUCCAUGCCACCGUGUACCAGCCCCCAGACCGCCCCUCUGCACUGCCCGAAUUUAUCAACAACCACGGCCUGCUUCCCCAGGCCCAGCUCCAGCAGCUGCUCCUCAGAGCCAAGCUGUUUGUUGGCCUUGGAUUUCCAUACGAGGGACCCGCACCCCUGGAAGCCAUCGCGCUGGGCUGCGUGUUCCUUCAGCCUUGCUUUCAGCCCCCACACUCUGCCGAAAACAGCAACUUUUACCAGGGAAAGCCCACCAGCAGACAGAUCCACUCCCAGCACCCCUAUGCUGAGGACUUCAUAGGUAAACCCUUUGUGUGGACUGUGGACAUGGAUAACGGCACUGAGGUUCGAGAGGCGGUUAGGGCGAUUAUGAGAAUGGAAGUGAAGCCCUUCAUCCCCCGUGAGUUUACCUGUGAGGGGAUGCUGGAGAGAGUCUAUGCCUACAUCACCCAUCAGGAGUUCUGCAGCGCGUCGCUCCCCACCUGGCCCCCCGAGGGUGCUCUGUCCGCCCGGCUGGGCCCGCUGGGGCAGUCAUGUGCGGCGGUUUGCCGGCAGGCCUCUCUGGUGUGCGAGCCAGCCCUGUUUCACCACCUCAACCACCCUGCUGCCUUCAAGAGGCUAGGUCUGUUGUGCGCCAGCUCCGAGCAGGAAGUGGACCACCUGUUCCCCGCCUACAGCCCCUGGGGACGGCGCUGCUCCCUGCAGGAGGACCGGCGGCUGUUCAGCUGUGCCGGCGCCCAUCCCUCCUACAGCCGGCUGUGCCCGUGUAGGGCCUACCAGCCCGGACAGGUGGCUCUGUGCCCCCUCUGCCUGUAG